AUGCACGCUCCUGUGUCAUUGCACAUAUCGACAUUUCUGCCGAGAUUCUACAUUACCAGUCUGCAAUGCUCUAUACUACUUUGCGGUGUCGCUAUCGCAACGAGCAUCUACUUGAUUCUGCGCUCAGAGCGCAAGAAGGCGGCUGUUGGUCGGAGAGAAAUGCAGCUGUUCCUUCUAGGAUACAUUGUCAUCGAGAUUUGCGAGAUAUUUACCGUGGGCGAAUUCCCGCUCAAGUCAUCAGUCCGGAUUGCUUUCACCGGUAUUCACAUUGGCUUUAUAAUUGCUACAACAUGGAUUCUCAUGCUCAAUGCUGUCGUUGGAUAUCAGAUCAUUGACGAUGGCACGCCUAUGUCACUGGGCCUCAUGAUCGCCUCCGCGCUCGUGCUCCUUAUCGGCACUGGCUACAUUGCGCUCGAUACCGGCUUCAGCUGGACCAACUACUGGGACUCCAGCUACGAUGCGCCAAAGUUCCGAAAUAUCGCCCUAUAUGUGUUGUAUCAGCUAGCGCCUCUGGUCUUCCUCGUUGCGUUCUUCGUGCUAGAAGCUAUCCUGGUUCUCCGGGUCCUGGGAGAAACCAGGCCAAUGAUUUACCUGGGCGUUGCUGCACUUCUGUUCGCCUUGGGCCAGAUCUUCAACUAUGUGGUCAGCAAAUACAUAUGCGAUGGCACCUCUGGCAAGAUUGACGGCGCAAUGUUUGAGACACUCUUCACACUGCUGUCAGUGGUAACGAUCUGGGUCUUCUGGUCGAGCAUCACUGAGGACGACUGGCCGAUGCCAGUAGGCAACACAUACCCAUGA